AUGAGCCAAAAAUUAGAUUUACAACAGGCCAAGAAAGCCAUCGCUGCCUUGUACAAAAAGAACAAACAGAGUUCUGGAAAUGACAUGCUUCAAAGCGACGAGGACAGCUUCAUUUAUGUCGAAAUUUACACCCACAAAAUUAUGAACAAGGCUCAAAGUAAACAAAAGCAAAUUAAACUGCCCAGCAGCCCUUAUCCUGAUAACUAUGAAAUCUGCUAUUUCACCAAAGACGAUGUGAAGAAGGUUGAAGAAAAGACCAAAAACACUGCCAUCAAAAAGGUCAUCGAUCUCAACACUCUUAAAACCGUAUACAAAUCUUACGAAUCCAAGAGAAAGCUUGCUGCCUCUUAUAACUUAUAUGUUGUUGACGACAGAGUGGCUCCAUUGAUUCCCGGUCUUCUCGGCAAGUCCUUCCAAGCCAAAAACAGAAUGCCCAUGAAGAUGAAGCAUUCCGGACUGAUGAAGACAAACGUCGAAAACAUUUUGCACUCUACCAACGUCAAAUUACACAACGGCCUCAAGACUCAAGUUCUCAUUGGUAACUUUGGUAUGUCUGAAAAGGAUGUUUUGAAGAAUUAUGAAGCUGCUGUUCCUGAGAUUGUAAAGAUUGCUGCUCAUGGAUGGGAUCAAGUUGAAAUGCUCGGUGUCAAAUGUGAAGGUCUUCCUUACCUCCCCACCUACACAUCUUUCCCCAAGGCUGACAGCAAGACUACUGCUGAAAAGAAGCAAUCUACCAAGGAGGAGAAGAAGAAGGAGGCUGCUCCUGCCAAGAAGACUGCCGCUGCUGAGAAGAAGACUGCCGCUGCUGAGAAGAAGACUGCCGCUGCUGAGAAGAAGGCUGCCGCUGCUGAGAAGAAGGCUGCUCCUGCUAAAAAGGCUACUGCUGCUGCUCCUAAGAAGGCUGCCACUACUACAACUACCAAGAAGGCCGCUGCCAACAAGAAGAAUGCUGUUGCACCUGCCAAAAAGACCGAGACAAAGAAGGUUACAAAGAAGGUUGCUGCAUCCAAGAGCAAGAAAUAG